AUGCAGCUAGGACUCUCCGAAAACCUAUCGGCCCUGGUGGCUCGGCGCUUCAAAGCCGCCAAAGAAGGCAACCACCUCGUCUUCUCAUCCACCAAACUGUCCAUAAUCAACGCGGGCAUCCCAUACCAACUCCGCUAUUGCCCAGCCCUCGCAAAGAAACCAAACAACCUCAAACCAAGCGGCCCCAAAGCUCCAAAACCAGACCCCUUCGAAAACCCCUCCCCAGACCUCCUAAUAACCACCCUCCCCUCGACAAACCCAACCCACGCCCUCAUCCUUAACAAAUUCCCGGUAAUCCCAAACCACUUCAUCCUCGCAACAACAGCCUGGGCCUCCCAAACCGACCUCCUCGACAAAUCAGACCUAGACGCAACCUACGAAUGCCUUCACGCAUGGACCGAGAACCACCCAGGCCGCCUCUUCGCAUUCUUCAACUCCGGCGACGAAAGCGGCGCAAGCCAACCACACCGCCACCUCCAGUUUCUCCCCGUCGAAGCAAUGCGCGCAGAUUCAAACCCGAAUGAGUUCUGGGAACCGCUGAUCGACGGCUUCAAAUCCCAGCCUCAAUCUCAAGGCAAAUUUCAACACCUCCCCCACCUCCCACUCGCACACUUCGCCCUCCCUGUCCCGGUGGACGCGACCCCAGAGAUAUUAUAUCAUAUCUACAUAACUCUUUACCGCGCCGCCGUCGCCGCUGUUGAGGGCAACGCGGCUACGAAUAUAGCGACCAGCGGAGCAGCGCGUAUAAGCUAUAAUCUAGCGAUGACAUUGUCGACUAUGAUGAUUGUUCCGAGGAGGGCAGAAACGGGUACGGUGCCGAUUGAUAUGGAGAAGGUUCGGGAUAUUGCGGAUCCGGGCGUCGUUUCGUUAAAUGGGACGGUGUUGGCUGGGACGCUUAUGGUUAAGGCGGAAGCGGAGUGGGAUGUUUUGAGGGCGAAGCCAGAGGUUUUGGGGAGGGUUCUGAGGGAGGUUGGGUUUCCGAGAGAGAGAGAGGGGGUUGCGUUGCUGUAG